AUCAGUCAUUGCAAGUAUCGUCCUUUCUCUAUCGUUCCAAAUCCCUUGGAACGGCUUCCUAUCCGCCUUCAGAAGUCUGCUGGACAAGCCAAGACAACAAAGAAUGUGAGCGGCUUCGCAUGGCACCUAUCUUAUCGACCUGCUUCCGGCUACAUAUGUACAAUCCCUGCCACAGAGUUCGCCUCGUGCCCUCUUCUGCAGCUCUUCCGCUAGCUCCUCUUUCUAGCUGAGAUAGUGCUCUCUUCUAUCUUCCCACUGGGAGCACGUCCCCCAAGACUGACCAUCGCCCCUGCAUCCUGUCCUGUUUCCGUGACCUAUGUAUGCACAGCUGCCCUGUGCUAGCUCCAAUUCAAACCCAACCCUCAUCACUUCCCCGCCAUCGAGAUCCAAUUGGCUCAUGUGACACUUGUUCAAUGCUCCGCUGAUACUGAUGAUCGUUAGAAUUGAUUCCCAGCACAUACCGAAACCAUAUUUAUCAGACCAACCAGACGAUCAUGUCAAGUCAAACAGCUCCAGUCAUCCCUCCCCGACCGUCAAGAUCACCUCAACAAGGCCUUGCACCUUCCUCAGCAGACAUGCCUAGGAUCCCUCCUCGUCCCACCCACCGCAUUGAGCGCUCAGUGUCUCCCUACCGCGAUAGCUAUGCACCUUCUCCAUUGAAUGAACUGCCCAAUGGUUCGGGCGUGAAGCGUACCCCCUCGACCGAUCUGCCUCCCCGUCCUCCGAGUGUCACAAUUCCCUCUCUGGGUGAAGAGGGUAUCGAGUACGAAGACUUGGAUGUUGGCAACGCCUCCGACGCCCACCAGUCGACCCCCGCGGAAACACGCAACGUGGGAAGCGAUCUCAAGCUCCAUGCGCCAAGGCCAUCAUUACCCUCCUCCAGUGCCAAGGCCAAGGUGCAGGCUGUCACACGUACAGAUUCUCGUCAAGCUGCAGCAGCCGGUCUGGGCCGUGCCGGGUCUCCUCUUCAUGAUGAUCAUGCCGAAAGGCCCACUCGCUCAUCGCAUUCGCGGGCUAGUGGCUCACGCGCCGAGUCUUCAACCGCGUCCGCAGAUCGCAGACAGUCACUCCACGGUGAUGAACACGGAAUUCCCGAGAUUGGGCAGAGAGUGCCCAUGUACCCCAACGCGGGCGAUGUCCAGGCCCCGUCCCCAAGUCCAUACAUCGUGGAGCACCAGCAGCAACGUCCAGGUCGGAGUCACAACAGAACCCGUAGUGGUCGUGAGGCCUCUCUGCCACCCGGAAGUUAUGGCCUGCAUGGGCACGGUGUACCUACAAACGACAAGUUUGAAAAAGCGUGGUAUGAGAAGCACCCUGAGGAAUACGUCAAGGAGGAACAAGGCCAAUAUGGUCCGGGUGUUGGCACGCCUAGACCAGAUUGGGCUUUGAGUAGCGACGACCUGAACAAAAUUGUUCGAGGUUCUGCUGUCACUGGCUCUGGACUUGGUACCUCGCCUGCUGUGGCGGGAACUCCAGAAGAGGAAGUUGGCUACAUCGCCUCUGAUGAGUAUACGCAUCGCUUGUCAUCGCCACCUCCCGAGUCACGUCGGGAUUCUCGUCCGGCGUUCGAGUCCCCGCUCCGCAAGUCCAGCCUACCAGCCGCAGAGUCCCAGGCACAACAGGAUGAGGCUGUGGAGAAGGAGGCAGUUGAGAAGCCACAAGAACCUCGAGUGAUCCAUGUUGACGAGCCGUACCACCACUUGCACCAUCCCGAUGGUUUCGCUCAGACUCCGGGUCCGGAAGAGCUCAACCGCGGCUUUACUGAUGGCAAUGAAGACGACGAGCCCAUAUUGGCUGCCGACGAAGUGCGCCCCGAGUCGGCCUACCAGCACCCCGCUGUUUCACCUUCGUUUGGAAGGAGUGGUAGUGUCGAUUAUGAAGGCAGAAGUCAUACACCUAGUGCCACGCACAGCAGAUCUAACAGCAGGGCUGCUAGUGUACAGAGUGGCAUGCCCGCUCUGACACGAUAUGACUCGCGCGAAGAGCAUGGAGGCGUCUACACCCCUCUUGAAGAUGUCGAAGAAUAUGAGCCACUGUUUCCUGAGGACGAUGCGAAGGACAAGAAGACUGUCUCAACUGCAGAGCGCUUCAAGCAGCGUCCGGAGCUCAAACAUCGGUUCCCUAGCCAGGAUAUCUGGGAAGAUUCGCCUAACAGUCUGCAGCUGCACGCUACGGUGUCUACCCCGGAGGGCCCCAAGCAGGAGGCCUUUGAGACUCCUGAACAAGAGUCUUUCCGUAGAAGCCACGCGAGUCACUUGGAUCCCCAUCAGGUCGCAACACAGAUUUUGGAAUCCGAAGAGCAUGACGAGAAGCCCCCCGCUCGACCGGAAGUGGCCAAGCAGAGAUUCCCCAGCCGUGACAUCUGGGAGGACGCCCCUGAAAGCCAUACACUAGUGACGACCAUAGAGCCGUCAGAGGAAGAGGUCAAGAGCCCAGAAGUUCCCUCAAAGCCGAGCAUCCCACUACGUCCUCAGAAGCGCCCGCAGCAGGCACCAGCAGUGGAUGCAUCAACGAAGCCGGUCACCUCACCUACUGAAAAGCGUCAACCUCCAGUCAUCCCGGAUAGACCCAAGCCUCAGAUUCCAGCCCGUCCAGCCAAGCCUAUCUCUCGUGCAAGUCCCGAAGAAUCAAAGGAUAUCGCUCCCAAGCCCAAACCGGCCGUACCGGCGCGUCCUGGCGGUAGUAAGAUUGCUGCCCUGAAGGCAGGGUUCCUGUCGGAUCUCAACUCACGGUUGCAGCUUGGCCCGCAAGCCCCUCCCAAGCUUCAGGAGAAGAAGGAGGAAGAAGCCGCCCCGGUGGAGAAACAACCGUUGAGUGAUGCUCGGAAGGGCCGCGCCCGUGGACCCGCGCGGAGAAAGCCUGCCGUUGAGAAGGCCAGCACGAGGUUACCCACUAUUCCUGAGGUCAGAAUCACCACGACGUUGAAUGUCUGGCAAGUUGGUGAAGACGGUAACUUGGUCGUUGGAUCUGAAGCCAACUCUGCUGUUCCCGAUACCAAGCCCGAUACCAUGGCACCAGCCAUCGCAAAGAACAUCGCCGGUGAACCUGUUGAUCCGCAGCCAUUGCCGGAGAAGGAAGAGCAAGUCUCAGCUUCACCGAAGGACACCACAGUCACUGAAUCUAAGGAGCCUACAUUCACCGAGGCUGCCCACUCAAUACCAACUGACAGUGCGGCCGAGCCAAGCCCCGCUGUAGAACCCGUGGUCAAGGAGGAUGUCCCCAUUGCCAAAGAGACUUCAUCCCCUGAGCAAGACGUCGACAGCGUCGCCGAAACCCUAGCCGCCUCUGCAGAUGGCAAACGGCCAUCGGAAGGUGACAUUGGCGAGACCCAGUGAAGUACCGGCUAUUGACGGUUGUCUUAUUCUACAUGUUGCUUUCUCAUUUCUUUUUCCUCUUUCCUUCAUUUCUUGAGACACUUGUGCACCCCAUCGUCUUGUUUCACUCCCUUGAUAGCACAUACACGCAUAGUCUACCAUACCUCUGUGCAGUAGCUAUAGAGCAGCAACAACAACGACAACAACCACCGCCAGUUAACAACACGUAAGUACAGCUAGCCAGCCAGUUAGCUAGCUCAGCUUGUGUGGCCCACCUUCCAGCAGUGCUAUUCGUAUCAUUUAUCGUAUUCCACUCCUUUGGUACAUCCGCGUGAGGGACACCCUGCCCCUUGGUACUUGUCACUAACCCUUAUCCUUCACCUAAACCGAAGUUCAAUCUUUACACUUACUGAUCAGAUCAACCCCUAUAAUAAUACCACUGCAGAGACGAAUUAGGGGGAUUAGGUUUUUACGUUCUGUGAAUUGCAAGAGUUGUC